UCUAGGUAAGAGGGGGGAGUGCUGGGCUGCUGCUUCCCUCCAAGCUGAGGCCUUGGCUGGGCAGCUAGGCUACAUCCCCCCCUCUGGGGGGGACGGCCCCCCUGUAGUCAUGGAGACUGGUUCGGAGGACCCCCCAGCACCCCCUCCUCGAUACAAUGCUCCCCGCUCAAUGCUCCAUGCUCUUAAGGGGCUGGGCCCAGCUCCUGUGGCAUCAGUAGAGCCAGUGGACAACUUGGUAGGAAUGGAAACCAGGGAAGCAGCUAUGCUGACCAGUGUAAAGACUGAAGCAUCGUGCAUUGCCCCAGAAAUGACAUCAACUGUCAUGACCAUAGAGAUGUCUCUGGUGGCCAACGAUAAUGGAGACGUGGCUUCUCUAGAACACGUGGCAUCUGAUUCUGAAGCGGUGCGUGUGGACAGGAUUCCAGAGGGGGAUGCAUCUUCUGCAGUGAUGGAACCUGUGUCGAAUUCACUGGCUCCUGGGGCAACAGUUAAUGGUACCUUGGUGACAUCGUCGCCUGAUGUCAGCGUAAUGUCACCGCCUGUGGAUUUCCCCACAGAGACCACGAUGAAGCCCCUCCUGGUUGCGCCAAUGUCGCCUGCGGUGGUCGUGGUAGCACCUAGCCCUGGCUCGCCUCCAGAAAAGACUUCGCCCACUGGAGGUUCAGAACCUCACAAUCCUCCCUCUUCGCAACCAUCUCAAGACCUGGGUUCCCAAUCUAGCCUGGGCACUCCAGCACCCAAGGCUCCUCCAGCUCCUGACACCUUGAGCUACUUGGAUUCUGUCAGUCUUAUGUCAGGCACCGUGGAGUCACUGACCAGCACUGGAUUCCUUGAUGAUGCUAGCUCUGUGGGCUCAGAUUCCGAGAUCAAUGGAAUAACAUACCGUAAGACAGACAGAUAUGGCUUCCUUGAGGGCAGCCAGUCUUCUGCUGUGCCCGAGUGCAUCAUCCCGGUGGAUGUGUCCAGACAACGGGAACUGAAGUGGCUGGAUAUGCUUUCCCACUGGGACAAAUGGCUGUCGCGCAGAUUCCAGAAGGUGAAGUUGCGUUGCCGGAAGGGGAUUCCUUCUUCCCUCCGUGCCAAAGCCUGGCAACUUCUCUCAAACAGCAAGGACCUCCUGGAUCAAAAUCCGGGGAAAUUUGAGGAACUGGAGCGCCAAGCUGGAGAUCCCAAGUGGCUCGAUGUGAUUGAGAAAGACCUGCACAGGCAGUUCCCGUUUCAUGAGAUGUUUGUGGCUCGGGGAGGCCAUGGGCAGCAGGAUCUCUACCGCAUCCUGAAAGCCUACACCAUCUACCGGCCGGAGGAAGGCUACUGCCAAGCCCAAGCUCCUGUGGCUGCAGUUUUGCUGAUGCAUAUGCCUGCAGAGCAAGCUUUCUGGUGCCUGGUGCAAAUCUGCGAAAAAUAUCUUCCUGGCUACUACAGUGCAGGAUUGGAGGCAAUCCAGCUGGAUGGGCAGAUCUUCUUUGCUCUUCUACGGCGGGCGUCCCCCAUUGCCUACCGCCACCUGAAGAGGUACAAGAUCGACCCCAUCUUGUAUAUGACGGAGUGGUUUAUGUGCAUCUUCUCCCGGACCUUGCCUUGGUGCUCUGUGUUGCGUGUUUGGGACAUGUUCUUCUGCGAAGGGGUGAAGAUAGUAUUUCGGGUGGGCCUGGUGCUGCUGCGGAACACUCUGGGCACAGUGGACAAGCUUCGGUCAUGCCAGGGCAUGUACGAGACAAUGGAGAAGCUGCGCAACCUGCCAGUUGAGGCUAUGCAAGAGGACUACCUGGUUCAUGAGGUGAUGAAUCUCCCAGUGACCGAAGCCCUCAUAGAACGAGAGAAUGCCACCCAGUUGAAGAAGUGGCGGGAAACACGGGGUGAACUCCAGUAUAAGCCCUCUCGCCGUCUCCAUGGCUCGCGGGCCAUCCUUGAAGAGCGCCACCGCAUGAACCCACCCCUCACUGCCAGUGCCAGCCUCUUGAGUCUCACGGGCCUGAAGCAAAGGGUUACUUACGGCAGCACGAGUGGUCCUUCAUUCUCCCCAGCACACUCCGUGGGAACCUUGGCUGUGUCUGCGGCUCCCCCUCCAGUCCCUCCUGCUGCCCAGAGCCAGGUGGUGGUAUCCGAAGGGCUGCACCCAGCCUUGCCCUCCCCAACAGGGAACAACAUGCCCCUCGGUGGCCCCAAGAAAAGUGGGAGCAGCAGUAAAGAACAGAAGCGAAAAGAGAAGGAAUGGGAAAGGCAAGAGAGAUUGGAGAAGGAGAAGGAGAAGCAGGAGAGGGAACGUGAGAAGAAACUACAGAAGGAGCGGGAGAAGCAGGAAAAAGAGCGAGAGAAGCAGGAAAAAGAGCGGGAAAAGAAGCAGCAGAAGGAACGAGCCAAAGAGGAAGCCCGGAUGAAGAAGGACCGAAAAUUGUCGCUGAAGAAAAAGGAAUCCAAAUCGGCUCCUCUGCCGCCCAGUGAGGAAGGAAAAGAUGGGGAAGCUCCAACGUCAUCUGUGCUGCAAGACACGUACUUUUGAGUAGGGCUGGGGGGCAGCACAUGCCCCGAUAACUCCCUCCCUUCAGCCAUGGACCAAGGUGGUGGCCAACACCAGGGACACUCAUUGUGGUACGGGGACCCAGAAGACAGGAGGAGGUGUGCUGACGGGAAUGGCUGCUGUGCACCGGACCACCUAGCGCGGGGCUGCGGCGGGUAGAGGGGUGUUUUCAUGAGUGUCUGUGUUCUCACCUCUCCCUUUGUGUGCCUGAUUUGAGGUGGAUUGGCCCCUCCCCCUCCUCUUUGUGACUGAAUAGGGCCAAAACAAGAUGGUCGCUGUGCUCCCCGCAGCUGCCGCACUGAAAACUUCUGCCACAGCCAACAAGUGCAGCUGCACCACCCUCACUCCCAGCAUGGAGGCAUAACCAAGGCGGUACUGGUAUUAAUAACUCCAACAUUCUCCCUCUCAAGUACCAUAUGUAGAAUCUUCUCCCUUUAAAGCUAUUUAACCACUGCAGGCUGCAUACGCCACCUCCCUUCAGAGAGGCUAGUUUUAAGAGCAACAUUGGCUUUUCCCAGCCCUACCCUCCGAUCUUCUAACUCUCCUUCUAUUCCUUUUAACAUUGCUGGGUAUUUCCCUGCUCCAGCCUAAACCUCACAGGCUGGUAAGAGGAAUCCAUCCUUUAUCUUGCCCUUGACUUCUGCGUGGUUACUCACAUACUAGGAUUGCUGCUGUUUUCUCGGUCCUUUAAGAGCCAUGUGGCAGGCAGAAAUUUGCAAGGCGAAACCUGGGCUGAUUGUUUUUUUGCCUGCUGUGCUGGGGUUCAAAGAAGGAUAUCUCUGUCUGGAGGAGUAUGGCGGCUCAGCAAUUCAUCUGCUCUUAAAAUUACGUCUGUGCAGGAGGUUGGGCGGGGGCAAGCAGUUGGGUGUAUAGGAACAGCUGUCAAGAUUCCUGGGUAGAGUGGAAUCCUUCCAUAAGGAAGGAAAGUUAUUCAUUCCCUUUCCUGAAGUUCUGUCUUCUAGCUCUUGCAUUCCUGACAUGUAAGCAAGGGGGAAAAACCCCUUUGUUGGCAAUCUUCUGCUGGCUCAUAGUCAGCCAAAAUUUCUUAGGAACUUCUGCAACCCCAGGAAGACUUUUUUUUGCAAAUUAUAUCUAUGUCCCCUUCCCUCUAGGUUAGAAAUGUUGUCCUUGAUUAUUAGGAUAAAUCCAGCCCCUGCCUCAGGCGCUGGAGACCAAGGCUGCAUUUCCGCUAUCAGUUCAAAUAAGUCAACAAGGAAUUCACCCAAAGAAUCCCUGGGAAUGACAGUUCUCUUCAGAGAACUACAGAGCUUUUGGGGUGAGUGCCAGUGUCUAUUUAAAAAAGAGUUUUAAAAUGUCUGCUGAGUGUAGUGCAGACGUGCCCAAAUGGGACAUCCUUUAUUCCAUCCUUUUCCUCAAUGAAAAAUGAACGGGACCGUAUCUUCUCUGUGGUCUGCCAUGCAGCCACAAAAGGGCAUUGUGUCUCUCCACCCUAGUUCCUUGUUACCACAGGCUGCUUGCUAAGCCCUUGAUGGUCACAACAAAUCCAGAUUCCUUGAUUUCUGUGUCCUGUAGUCUCUAGAGGCUUACCACCCCAGUGUUAGCAUCAAGUAAGCAGGAACAGUACGUUGGAACUUCCGACAGUCUGUUGGAAGAGGGAUCUAGGUAAGGUAGAUGGACUCUUGGCUUCUCAGAGGUCACACUGGGGCAGAAGUAUGUGCUGGGGGACUCGGGUAGCUUUCAUAACUUUUCUUUUGGUCCCUUUAAAUUUCUGCAGGGGCUUUCUCACCACCCUCCCCUUUUGGGUCACAGUUCCUGCAAUCAUGAGUAGUUGGGACUAAGAACCUGUUUAAAUUCUUGCUUCCCAGAACUUACUUGCUGCCAAAUGGCAGCUUCCCGGCAAAAUCCACUGUCCUCUCCUGUGACCCCAGGGGAAAAUUGCCCAUUAGCCCAUCCUCAUCUCUGUACAUAACUUCUUCCUAUAACACAUAUAUUAUAUAUAUGUUUCAGUAUUGUAAUUAUGUAUACAGAUUCUUGAGAUUUUUGAUUUUUUUUUUGACCUCAUGUUCUUAUUUAAUGGUACCGACACUGGAAAUUAGGGAUUCAUCCAAAUCUCCUGGCCUUUUGAUAUUUUUUUUUUUAGUUUUCCACCUACCUAAUCAGGAAGAGCAGAAAAACUGGAAGUUUACAGCUGACAUCUCCUUGCUGUCCUCCUUGUUAAUAACUUUUUUUGUUGUUUGUGCCUCAUUUUCAUUGAAUUUUUUUCCAUUGCUUUGUUUAAAAAUGUUAACAAAAGAAACAAAAUUCAAGCUUG